ACGUUUGUGGAUAUGGAUAAUUCGUGUAUCUGUGAUUCGUAUUCGUAAUGAUGUCUGUGAAGUGUGAUAUCAAUAAAUUUGAGAUUGAGAUACUUUAAUUUAACAAUUAUUAGCUGUAGGUACUAGUUGCUUACUAUUUUUGCUUGAGUUUUAUAUUUAAAUAGAUCGCGGUCAAUUGGCGGGCCACUGUUCGAAGUUCCAGUCGAGAGCGUACUGCCUCGACAAGCGAGCGAUCGCACGAGUUCACGACAGCCGCGUCUCGGGACGAUGCCGCCGCUGCGGGUGGCUCUGGGCGGCCUGCGCUAGGCGCGAGCGAGCUCUUCGGGCAUGUACGAGGGCACGUGCGGCGCGGCGGCCGCGGGCCAGUGCGGCGCGGCGCAGCGCGAGGGCGAGUCGGCGCCGCGCGAGCCACCACCGGCGCCGUUGGAGCGCGACUACAGCGGCUUUGACAUCGUCAAAGCGACGCAAUAUGGUGCCUUCGCGCGCGUCAAGGAGCUGGUGGAAGCCGGCUGGGACGUCAACCAGCCCGACCACGAGACCGUCACGCUGCUGCACUGGGCGGCCAUCAACAACAGGCGGGAGAUCAUCUCGUACCUGCUGGAGCGCGGCGCGCGCGUGGACGCGGUGGGCGGCGAGCUGCAGGCCACGCCGCUGCAGUGGGCGGCGCGCCAGGGGCACCUGGAGGCCGCCGUGCUGCUGCUGCGCGCGGGCGCCGACCCCGCCGCGCGCGACGCCGAGGGCUGCGCCAGCCUGCACCUGGCGGCGCAGUUCGGCCACACGGCCGUGGUGGCGUACCUGGUGGCGCGCGGCGUGCCGCCCGACGAGCCGGACGCGGGCGGCAUGACGCCGCUCAUGUGGGCGUGCUGGAAGGUGGCGGCCGUGGACCCCGCGCGUUUGCUGCUCACGCUGGGCGCGUCGCCGCAGCCCGCCGACCGCGCGCACGGCAACACGGCGCUGCACUGGGCCGUGCUGGCGCGCAACGCCACGGCCGUGUCCACGCUGGUGCUGUACGGCAACGCCAGCCUGGACGUGCCCAACCUGCGCGGCGUCACGCCCCUGGCCAUGCUGCAGGCGCACGCGGACGCGCUGUGGGUGGGCGCCAAGGUGGCCGACCGCGUACGCGAGCACGCCGCGCUCGCCUCGCCGCGCAACGUGUUCCGCAGGCUCGCGUACGACCGGAAGUUCCGCUGGUGGCUGGCGGUGGGCGUGCCGUUCGUGGCCUUCUACCUGACGGGGCUGGUGCUGGAGGCCGACGCCGCCUACGCGCUCAAGGCGCUGCUGCUGGCGGCGCUGCUGGCGCUGCUGCACCUGCUGACGGGCGCGCUGCUGGACGACGAGCUGAAGGGCGUGCUGCCGCUCAGCGUGUACCUGGCCACCAAACUGUGGUUCUACCUGACGUGGCUGGUGUGCGUGGCGCCCGCCGUGCCCGCCGCCGCCACGGCCGGCUACCUGCUGGGCUCGCUGGCGCUGUGGUACACGUUCGUGCGCUCGUGGCGCGCCGACCCCGGCGUCAUCCGCGCCUCGCGCGCCGAGCGCCUGCGCACCAUCGUGGCGCUGUCGGAGCGCGGCGGCGGCGGCGGCUUCGAGCCCGCGCGCUUCUGCUCCGCCUGCCUGCUGCGUCGCCCGCUGCGCUCCAAGCACUGCUCCGUGUGCAACCGCUGCGUGGCCAAGUUCGACCACCACUGCCCCUGGGUGGGCAACUGCAUCGGCGCCAACAACCACCGCCACUUCGUGGGCUUCCUGCUCAGCCUGCUGCUCAUGUGCGCCUGGACGCUGUGGGGCGCGGCCGAGGCGCUGGCGGCGCGCUGCGGCCCGCCCGCCGCCUGGCCCGCCUGCGGCCCGUGGCUGGCCUGGGUCAUGCUCAACGCGGCCUUCCACCUGUUCUGGGUGGCCGUGCUGGCGGGCUGCCAGCUGUACCUGGUGGUGUGCCUCGGCAUGACCACCAACGAGCAGCUCAACCGCGCGCGCUACCGGCACUUCCAGGCGCGCGGCGGCCGCUCGCCCUUCUCGCGCGGCCCGCUCAACAACCUGGCCGACUUCCUGGGCUGCGGCCUGUGCGGCCUGCUGACUCCGCGUGCGCGCGACUGGGCCGUGGCGGGGCUGGACGACGACGACUGCGCCGACCGGCAGCACUGCGUGUGAGCGGCGCCGACCGGCAGCACUGCGCCUGUGCGGCCUGCUGGCGCCGCGCGCGCGCGACUGGGCCGUGGCGGGGCUGGACGACGACUGCGCCGACCGGCAGCACUGCGUGUGAGGUCGCCGUCCGGCAGCACUGCGCCUGUG